AUGAAGUUUGGAAAAGAAUUUGUGUCACAAAUGGUGCCGGAAUGGCAAGAAGCAUACAUGAAUUACAUCUCUCUGAAAUCCAUUCUGAAAGAUAUUUCAAAGUUGAAUGAACAAAACAAAUCAAAGUCAUCAAUGGCAUCAACACCAAAAGGAUCAUUGAGAAGAAGAUUAACUCUCUAUAGAGCUUUUAGUGGUCUUAAUGGUAGUAAUCAAAGAGAUUCUUCAAGUAAAAGUGAAGAUGAAGUUAUACUUAUUCGUUCUAUAGAAGAUGAAGAUUCAAAAGGGUUGUAUCAAACUAUGUUUUUGAAGAGUUCUGAAGAUGGUGCAGAAAAAGAUCUUGAGUUUUUUAGAAAACUUGAUUUUGAGUUUAAUAAGGUUAAUGUGUUUUACAAGAAGGUGGUUAAGGAAGUUGUUGAUGAAGCUGAGGAGUUAAGUAAGCAAAUGAAUGUUCUUAUUGCUUUUAGAAUAAAGGUUGAUAAGAUUGGGUUUCAAAAUCUUGAUACUAGCAAUGGAAACUCCUCUUCAAUUCCCUUUAUGCGUCAUUUCAAUGAUGCCAAACAUGGUCACUCAAGUCUACACAUGGAUGUGAUUCAUGAGGUUGAAAUGAGCAAUGACAAUCAUUUUGAAGAACAUGUAAAUCAUGCGGCGCAAGCGAAUUCCAAGACUUCCAUAGAGGGAUUUAGACCAGCUCCUCUAGAGGUUCUUGAUCAUGUGAAGAUCAAUGUGAACCCACCAGAAACUCCUGUAUCAACCAUAAAAGGACUUUUAUCAAGCUCAAAAUCUGAUCAUACAUUUAACAAGAAAGAGCUUAAGAAAGCUGAUGAACAACUUAGCACAGCCUUAAAGGAGUUUUAUCAUAAGCUUAGGCUUCUUAAAAAAUACAGCUUUUUAAACUUGUUGGCAUUCUCAAAAAUCAUGAAGAAGUAUGAUAAGGUGAGUUCAAGGAAUGCAUCAAAAGAUUACCUAAAAAUGGUGGAUAGUUCUUAUGUUGGCAGCUCAGAUGAGGUUAACAGGCUCAUGGAUCGGGUGGAACGUGCUUUCAUUAAGCACUUUGCGAAUGGGAAUCAUCGAAAAGGAAUGAACUUAUUGAGACCGACCGCAAAGAGGGAGCGGCAUCGAACUACAUUCUUAUUAGGACUAUUUACUGGCUGCGCGAUCGCUCUAGUUGUAGCGCUAAUUAUACUCAUACACGCGAGAAAUAUUCUAAAUAGUGAAGGUAGAACGAAAUAUAUGGAUAACAUAUUUCCGCUUUAUAGUCUCUUCGGAUACAUCGUCUUGCAUAUGAUCAUCUACUCUGCGAACGUAUACUUAUGGAGGCAUUUUAAAAUCAACUAUCCAUUUAUAUUUGGAUUCAAAGAAGGAACUGAGUUGGGUUAUAGAGAAGUGUUUCUUCUUAGCUCCGGCCUUGCCGUACUUUCUAUGGCUGCUGUUCUCUCAAAUUUGGAUAUGGAGAUGGAUGAAAGAACCAAAAGUUUCUCAGCACUUACAGAACUAGUGCCUUUAGGCCUAGUCAUAGUUGUGCUUGCCAUAACAUUUUGUCCCUUCAAUAUCAUAUAUAAAUCGAGCCGCUUCUUCCUUGUUCGAUGCGUAUUUCAUUCCAUUUGCGCUCCUCUCUACAAGGUUAAUUUUCCGGAUAAUUUCUUGGCAGAUCAGCUUACCAGCCAGGUGCAAGCAUUUCGAAGUUUGGAAUUCUAUGUUUGCCAUUAUUUUUGGGGCGAUUUCACGACGAGAUCAAACAAGUGCUCUGAUAGUCACAUCUAUAAAACAUUUUAUUUAAUCGUAGCUAUUAUUCCAUUUUGGAUCCGUUUUCUUCAGUGUCUUCGCCGGUUACUUGAAGAAGGAAAUACAAUGCACGGACUCAACGGACUAAAAUACGUCUCAACAAUAGUUGCUCUUGCAAUGAGGACUAUUUCUAGUGAGUAUCACAGUGGAACUGUUUGGACAGUUCUGGCUGCAAGCUCUUCAACGUUUGCAACAGUUGUUAAUACUUAUUGGGAUAUCGUCAUGGAUUGGGGUUUACUAGUAAGAAACUCGAGAAAUCCAUGGUUGAGAGAUAAACUCUCCGUACCAUACAAAAGUGUAUAUUUUGUUGCUAUGGUGUUGAAUGUUAUACUGAGGCUUGCAUGGAUGCAAUCUGUUUUAGGCAUUAAGGAGGCUCCUUUCCUUCACAGAACAGCUUUGACUGCUAUUGUAGCUUGUUUGGAGAUUCUUCGCCGCGGAAUAUGGAAUUUUUUCAGGUUGGAGAAUGAGCAUUUGAACAAUGUUGGAAAGUAUAGAGCAUUCAAGUCAGUGCCUCUUCCUUUCAACUACCAAGAUGAUGAUGAUGAUGAAGACAGUGCAGAUACAUAA